GUUUAUUGUUUUUCCUAUUGGUUGGUAGAUUGGGUGUAUGUCUUUACAUUUAUUGAUUGCUGAUUGAUCUGAACGCCAAGCUUCUAGGAAUCAUCUAGUAUUGUUUAUGUUUACUGUGUACAUUUUCAAAAUCAAAUUCAUAUCCAUAAUUGUCCACAAGCAUUGAUACAAGUAAUAAAAUGUGACGUUAAAUUGCUAAUUGAUAUUUAUGGGGACGAAGGCGAAAAAGGCAUUCGGCUUAACCGAUUUCAUAUUGAAACUAUGGAAGAAAUAUUUCGACGCGUGCAUUUUAGAGAAAUAGAUUUGAAAAUACGUUUCUGGAUGAGCAGUCUGCUUCUUCUCUGUUUGAUAUGUUAUUGCAUUAUGAAAGUUGCACAGAUUUAUCCAUAAGUUUAAGUUUGGAUAAGUCCGGUCCUAGUCAAGCAUGGAGUCGUUGUGUUGCAUUUAUCAGAAAAUCAUCUGCACUACGUCAUUUUACAUUGAGUCAUACACCGUUAAGUAUUGGAAAUUUUCUUCGUCUCAGUUUUUACGGUUUAUGCUUGGAGCGUUUAUGCUUUGUCGACUGUAAUUUAUCUGGUCACGCAAUAUUUGGAUUGAUUCAAUGGUUACGUAUUCUGUUGAGCUCUACAAGUUUGCAUCCACCUGUACGAGAUAAAUCAGCGAAUUCUAGUGGAUCAAACAAAUUUCGUGGAUGGAGAAGUCGAACGUUUUCACAUUCUUCAGGGUUACGUGCAUUGCAUACAAACAUUACUGUACCUGAUUAUACUAAAACGACGACUACUCUUAAUGAUGCCAAUAAACCUUCUGUAUGGGAAUUAAAAUUAGGCUUAAUGAAUAAUAAAUUAACUGCAACAGAUGCUGAAGCGAUAGUACCCAUAAUUCGUCAUCAGUUGUUGAUUCCUGAAAUUCCUAAAUCAAAAAUCAUCAAAUCAGAUAGCGCUUAUGAUGACAAACAUAAGAAUGAUAGUUUGUCCGAUGCAACAAUGCAUAAUCCAUGUGCGAAGUUUGAACAAAUGAAAAAGUCCAAUUCUUUGUCAUCAACCCUGUGUGAUGUACUACCCGUUGGUGGGAUUGGUUAUUUAUCAGAAUUGGAUUUAUCUCAUAAUAACCUUGGUGAUGAUGGCUUAGGAAUACUCUGUACUGGAUUACUUCAAUGCUAUCGAAAUCGUUUACGUGAACGUCCUUCAGCUGCAAGCAAUCAAGAAGCUACUGACAAAACAGUAUCAUGUUCAUCAUCGAAUGAUUCAGUUUCAGAAUCUAAUGUUUGCUGUACAGAAACAAUACCUAUGAAAGUGUGUGGUUUAGAGCGAUUGUGUCUUGUAAACAAUAAUAUUGGCAUUCAGGGAAUGCAAUCGUUGGCAUUAGUAUUGAUGCAAACACCGGAAUCGUUGGUUUCAUUAGUCGGUGGUUUAGUCAGCUUAGAUUUAAGUUAUAAUUCAAAUAUUGGUGAUAAAGGUGUGGAAAUAUUAAGUGAAGGUUUGAUUAGAAACCAUAGUUUAAGGGAACUAUAUCUUCGAUCUGUUCAGAUGUCUUUCCCAGGAAUUUUCGCUUUGUCCAGUUUUCUGAGUGAAUCAAAAUGUCUAACACAUUUAGACAUACGUAACAACGAUUUGGACUUAGCCUCCUUAAUGGCAUUGUCAAAAACUCUAUUCAUCAAUAAAACAAUGAUAAGUCUAUUUUCAGAUGCCCGUCGGUUGGUGAAUUGUCAGUCUGACAUGUCAGAUAAGGAUAGAGAAUUGAUCGACUCACUUAUCAGAAAUAUUGAAUCGAAUCUCAGGAGAAAUCGUUCAGAAUUAGAAGUGGACAGUGUGAAUCGCAAUAAUAUUCAUACUGUAGAUACAAACUGUGAUACAACAACUCCCACUAGUAGUUAUUCUAAUCUCUUGAUAGAUGCUGCUCAUAAAGAUGCACCAUUGAAACAAUCUAAUACAUUAAUCAAUACUGUCCCCAUCGUAAACAAUGAUGAUAAUAAUAUGUCAGAAAGCUGCAAUCAUUCAACGAUAUUAAAUCAUGAAAUACCAGUGAGACAGACAGUAGAUAUAUCAAUCACAUCAAACUUUCAUCCCAUUGAUAAUAACCUGCCUUUGGAUAAUAUAUUCAAGGUGAAUAAAGAAUCUGAAGAGAAAAUCAUUGACAAUUUCAAUAGUAUAACAGAUUCCCCUGAUUCUAUCAGUGAAUUGACCAGUUGUAAAAUAGAUAGUAGAAAAAUGAAUUUGAUAAAUGUAACAAGUAUGAAUGAAAAGAUUUCAGAAUUAUCGAUCGACGAAUUCAUGAAUAAAAGUGGAAAAGAAGAAGAAACAAUUUCCUCACCUCAUAACUCUAAAGAUAUAGAAGUAUCUGUUCAAAACUCUGCAUAUUGUUUAAAUGAUAUUUCUAAAGGUGUUAUAGCUGAUUUAUCGGAUAGUAAACAUGAAUCACUAGAUUCUUAUGAUUAUGAUCUACAAAAAUCAUCUUCAUUUGAUGAAUUAAAAGGCCAGAAUCAUGUUGACUGUACACAUAGUGAUAAUGUUAACAAUAAUACAAGUAUUAAAACUGUUAUCAAACAAAAGUCAAAGAAAAAUAAGAAAAUUUCUCAACAUAAUAAGCAUACUCCUUCAUCAUCAUCAUCAUCAUCAUCAAAGAGUCAUCCUAAAGUUAAUACAAGUGGAGUUUAA